AUGCAAAUCUUUGUUAAAACCUUGACCGGCAAGACCAUCACAUUGGAAGUCGAAUCUUCCGACACUAUCGACAACGUUAAGUCCAAGAUCCAAGAUAAGGAGGGAAUUCCUCCAGACCAGCAAAGAUUGAUUUUUGCUGGUAAGCAAUUGGAAGACGGCAGAACCUUGUCUGACUACAACAUCCAAAAGGAGUCCACUUUGCACUUGGUUUUGAGAUUGAGAGGUGGUAUGCAAAUCUUCGUUAAGACUUUGACCGGUAAGACCAUCACUUUAGAGGUUGAGUCUUCUGACACCAUUGACAAUGUUAAGUCCAAGAUCCAAGACAAGGAGGGAAUCCCACCUGACCAGCAAAGAUUGAUCUUCGCUGGUAAGCAAUUGGAAGAUGGCAGAACUUUGUCCGACUACAACAUCCAGAAGGAGUCCACCUUGCAUUUGGUGUUGAGAUUGAGAGGUGGUAUGCAAAUUUUUGUUAAGACUUUGACCGGUAAGACUAUCACUUUAGAGGUUGAAUCGUCCGACACCAUUGACAACGUUAAGUCCAAGAUCCAAGAUAAGGAGGGAAUUCCUCCAGACCAGCAAAGAUUGAUCUUCGCUGGUAAGCAAUUGGAAGAUGGCAGAACUUUGUCCGACUACAACAUCCAAAAGGAGUCCACUUUGCACUUGGUUUUGAGAUUGAGAGGUGGUAUGCAAAUUUUUGUUAAGACUUUGACCGGUAAGACUAUCACUUUAGAGGUGGAGUCUUCUGACACCAUUGACAACGUCAAAUCUAAAAUUCAAGACAAGGAGGGAAUCCCACCUGACCAGCAAAGAUUGAUCUUCGCUGGUAAGCAAUUGGAGGAUGGCAGAACCUUGUCCGACUACAACAUCCAAAAAGAAUCUACUUUGCACUUGGUUUUGAGAUUGAGAGGUGGUAUGCAAAUCUUUGUUAAGACUUUGACCGGUAAGACCAUCACUUUAGAGGUUGAGUCUUCGGACACUAUCGACAACGUCAAAUCUAAAAUUCAAGACAAGGAGGGAAUCCCACCUGACCAGCAAAGAUUGAUCUUCGCUGGCAAGCAAUUGGAAGAUGGCAGAACUUUGUCCGACUACAACAUUCAGAAGGAAUCCACUUUGCACUUGGUGUUGAGAUUGAGAGGUGGAAACUAA